UUCUCAAUACUACAGCAAAUAGUUCUGAAGAGACAACUCCUUCACAUUCCACAUUAAUGUCAAUGGAUUUUAACAAUGUUACCCAUGGGUCAGAUGCAGUAAAAUCACCAGAUGUACCAUCCUCAGAAUCGGUUGAUACUCAGACAAACGAGUCAAGAUCAACAAGUCAUUCCAUUCUUAUUUCAGAUGUUGAAACCAUAACUGCCCUUACAGGAACAAGUCAUUCACUUCCUAGAAUUACAGAUGAUGUCUUAACUACUACUGGACUGUCUGAAAUAUACAAUAUUACUAACUUACUUGGAACAGCUUUGUCUUCAGUACAAUCAGAUUCUGAAGAUAUAGUGAAUGAUUUUACAGAGUUAAGUUCUAACUUUACUGCAACUAAUUCUUCUAAACUAGGUUUAGUUCAAACAGGAACUAAUGGUUUUCUUAAAACUCAAUUUGCAAAAACAACAACAAGCACUUCUCUAACGAGUGUACUUCCUGAAAGAACAACAGACUCGCCCAGAACUUUACUGCCUCUGACAACAAAUGGUUAUCUGUCAUUUUCUACCAUGGAAGCACCUAUUAGAGGAGCAGGAACAACAUCCUCGGCACCAGUUAUACUUACAUCUAGGCCUCAUAUUGAACAAUAUACUACAAUUUCACAUGUUCCCACUGACACACCAAAGCCUGAACUAACUAGUACAACAGAAGGUACAUUUCCCACUAUAUGGGCCAGUCCAACUGUUUUUAUGAGUACCUCAACAGAGGAUAAAAGACCAGAGAGGACCCAGUCUACGACAGCUAUUAUGAAGACCUCUGAAUCAGUGAGUACUAGAACUUCAGUUAGCUUGAAGUUUUUGACUAGCACAAGGUCUUCAACUAGUACAAGGACUUCAGCUAUCGCAAAGACGUCAAUUAGUGCAACCAUGCUAACAAGCACAAAGAUUUUGGAAAGUACCACAAUUACUCCUAUAACGACAUUGACAAGCACAAAACCUCAUUCCACUAAAGAGAGCAUUACUUCUGAGCCAACUGUGUCAACUGUGAUUCAGGUUAUCAGUACAAGUGCACCUGAAACUUCCACAGUAUCUGCAGAGAAUCUUUGCAUCUCAAAUCCUUGUCUUAAUGGAGGCACUUGUAUCAGUCAUUGUAACAAAUGUAAAAAGUGUGUAUGCCCACCCAACUGGCAAGGAGUGAACUGCAGCAAAGAUGUGGAUGAAUGUCAUUCAAAUCCAUGUCCAUCUCGGGCACAAUGUAUUAAUAAUUUGGGCUCCUUCACUUGCAAAUGUUACCCCGGUUACUACCUUGAGAAGGGAACAAGAUGCACUUUGGCAAGGACCUUUGCAGGUGUUUUCUACAGUGGCAAUAAAUCCCAUGUGUCAAGAAUACAGGAUCUAGAAAGUGAAAUUUUAAAAAUGGUUAAUGCAUCUCUCUUUUCUUUAAAUGGAUACUACACAUCUGUUAUUGCAGAUUUAAGUGAGACUGAAGACAGUGUGUCUGUCUUGAACAUGUUUGUACUCCCAGCCAAUGUGACAGGACCUGAGGUACUGAGUAGUGUGCAAAAUUACAUUGAGAGUUGCAGAUCUAAGACUGGAAGCUGCCAGUUUGUUAUGAAUUAUCAGCUAUCAUAUAAAGCUGAAAAAUUAUGUAACUUGAAAGUGCCUGAAUGUGACAAUGCAACUGCAGAAUGCUUUGAUCAUGAUGGGAUUGCAGACUGCCAGUGUAAAGAUGGUUACUUCAAAUACAACUCCAUGGAUCCUUCCUGUCAAGCAUGCAAGGAUGGCGACAAAUUAGAGAAUGGAGGUUGUGCUCCUUGUAUGUUCGGAUUUGGAGGAUUCAACUGCAAAAAUCCUUACAAGCUCAUCACUGUGGUGAUUGCUGCAGCUGGAGGAGGCUUGCUCCUUAUCUUGGCCAUUGCAUUAACUAUCACAUGUUGCAGGAGAGACAAGAAUGAUAUCAGCAAAUUAAUCUUCAAGAGUGCCGAUUUUCAGCGAUCACCAUAUGCUGAGUUCCCCAAAAAUCCCCGGAUAUCUGUGGAGUGGGGUCGGGAAACAAUAGAGAUGCAGGAGAAUGGAAGCACAAAAAACCUGUUGCAGAUGACUGAUGUGUACUAUUCAUCUGGUUUAAGAGGUUCAGAAGUGGAGCGGAAUGGUUUGCAUCCUUACAGUGGUCUACCAGGAUCACGUUACUCUUGCAUCUACACUGGACAAUACAAUCCAUCCUUCAGCAGUGAAGAAUCAAGGAGAAGAGACUAUUUUUAGCCAAGUUAAAACAGAGAUUUAUUUUUGUGUCAGAAAGAAUAUGGGACCAAUGAAGCAAAAGUAAAUGAGGAAUUACUGCAAAAAAAUUGCAUUCUGAGCAUUUAUGCUGAAGGACUGGUGGAAGGUUAAGGAAAUGUUGAGUGCAGCAUACUGUUCACAGCAGCUACUGUAGAUCACACUGAUGGACAAGCGAUAGACCUGAUCAGCUGUACUGAAUAGUUUUAUUUGCAUCAGCAUACAAAGACUUUGCUUACAAAUGGACAAAUGUACAUUGAGUAAUUGUGUGUUUUUGUGGUUUGUUUUUCUAGUGUAUCAAUAACUUAUAAACAAUUACAGUAUUUUCA